AUGACCAUGGAUACGGCGGCUACCGACGACGACAACACUAUUCAACAGCAGUCGACUGGGAGUGUUACCAGCAGCACCUACUCUGUCACACCUGUAGAUUCGCUGCACCAAAAGGAAAACAAAGAGCCAAAUUCACUUGACGAAGAAGAUACCGAAACAAUACGAGAAUCCUUAUCAGAGGGGAUACGCAAUCCAGGGUGGCUGACAGUGCUUGGUACCUUUAUAAUCAACUUUUAUACAUGGGGUGUGUUGGUAAGCUGGGGCAUCUUUCAAGUGCUAUAUUUGGAUGUCUAUGCAGGACAAACGGACGAGUUUCGAAUUGCAUUUGUUGGAACGUCAGCGAGUGCCAUUGUACUUGGCAUGGGUCUUGUAUCGCCAUGGUUGGUACGUUAUCUUGGUUUUCGAGGAAUGGUCGCUAUUGGAGCCGUACUAUGUCCUUUGAGCAUGGUCCUAGCAAGUUUUGCAAACGAAUUAUGGAUGUUGUAUGGUACACAAGGGGCCAUGCUAGGUAUUGGUGUAGGGUUGUGCUACACAGGAUCAUCCACAUUGCCAUCAUACUACUUUAAACGAUUACGUGCAUUUGCUACAGGAAUUGCAGCAAGCGGCACAUGUCUCGGUCCAAUGGUUUUUUCACCCGUUAUCGAGACCCUCAUACUUCAUCUCGGUUAUCGAAACGCUUUGCGUGUGCUCGGUGGUAUCGGCAUUGUGCUCACUGGUGCUGGUACUAUUCUGAUCCGCACACGCGGAAUCUCAUUACACGCUGAUCAACAGCAACAAGACCAACAAAAGACCUUUGACGAUCGAUCCAACAACACCAACAUGUUCAAUUGGUCCUAUAAUUUUUACUUGUUGCAUUCAUUUCUUGCACCAUUUGGCUAUGUUGCACCCAUAUUCCUUUCACCAUCCUAUGCAUCAGCCAUUGGGGCUAGUCCAGAGUUGGCAUCCUUGUGUUUAUCUAUUGUGGAAGGUGCUAAUGGUGUAGCACGCAUCCUAUUUGGGUGGUUGGGAGAUCAUGGCUGUGGGCGGAUGAAUGUUGUCAUUGCUACAACGUUUGCAUCAGGGGUGUUUACAAUGACACUAUGGCAAGAAGCAAAUACAGUGCCAGUAUACAUGGCGUAUCUUGUACUAUUUGGGCUUACGAGCGGUGUAUUUUCAGGGCUGCAGCCUGUGAUUGCAGCUGAACUAGUUGGAUAUGAGCGAAUUCAGCAAGGAGUUGGAUUAUCCUAUUUCUUAUCCAUGUUUGGGCAUCUCUUUGGUACCAGCAUUGUGGGUAUGCUGCAUCUUGAUACAGGUGCAUGGUUGGCACCCAUUCUCUUUGCUGGCACAAUGACCCUUGCAGCAGCCUUUGCAGUUUUAAUCACUCGUAUUCUCAUUUGCAGACGUGUAUUCGUGAGACUAUAA